CUGUGUCAUUGAUUUACCUCGACAGAAAGAAGCACGUUGGGACAUUCGCAAGUAAAUUUCUGUAACCUUGCAUUUCUGCAAAAUAAUGUCAAUCACCGAACUUCCACCAGACGAAGGACCCAGACAACUCGCCAUUGAGGAAGAGGAUGAAGAGGACAUUGAUGAAACCUUAACAGAACGAUUGAUAGGACUCACUGAAAUGUUCCCAGAAAAUGUGAGAACUGCAUGUGGGAAUGCUGCUACAUUCGCUGUUGCUGCCUCGAAGGCUAGUUAUGGUUUCACUCGCAGUGCAUUGUGGGUAGUAGCAUCAGCAGCCACAAUCCUUACACUGCCUGUGGUAUUUGAGUCAGAGCGAGCACAACAGCAAGAGAUGCAACGUGAACAGGAGAGACAGAUACUACUUGGACCCAAUGCAGCUAUGGCUGGUUCUGGUGCAAAUCUUUAUCCAGGAAUGGUGCCCCAGAUGUCGCCUCCUCCUGGCGCUUCCUAGGAUUCCCGAAGUUUGCUGUCCACAAAGUCGUGUCGAAGGAGUAGCAAGUUUGUUACAGGCUGGAUUGAUGAUCAAUAGCAAUUUAUUAAUUUUCUCAUGUCAUUUUUUUCUCUGUGUCUUCAAUUUAAAUACUUUUACUAUUAUAUUAGAUAACUUUUUGAUGUUGUUUGAGAGAUAUGAAGUCAUGACUUGAUUUCCGUGAUGUAGAUUUCAAUAAUAGUCACUACAUUGUGAAAUCUUCUGAAGUAUUUUUGUAAUUAGAACGCUGGAAUUAAUGAAGUUGUUGUUUAAUAAUAACAAAUACUUUGUCACCGUUAAUUCUAUACAAUUCAGGAAUAAAUCUUGAAGAUAAGGAUUUACAAGUAUUUUGGUACAUAGUUAUCAUACAUAUGCUUCAUCUAUACAAAAAGUAGCAAUUGUAUACAGUACUCAUAUAUUUGUGUCUAGGUUAUUGCUUCAUAUUUUUCUCUUUUUAAAUGAUAUUCAAACUUUUUCGUCAUUUAUACCCGAUUAUAAAAAGCAUAACAUAUAUAUUUAUGUAUCUAUUUCAACAUCUCGAAAGUGUAAGUUAAAGGCAAUGGUUAUAUUUCCAUUUCUUGAUCAAUAAGAAGUGUUAUUACAUUUGAAAAUACAUGUACAUAUCAUUUAUAUUAAAAGUUAUGUACUUUCUGUUAAUUUGAAAUUAAAAUUUAGCACCAAACAAUUUUUGUAAAGCUUUGAAAAAGCAUUGAAACAGUUCUGCAACUCAACACUAAUUCAUAUCAUUUCCAUUUGGAAAAUGUUCAGAGUGUGAUUACACAUGAAUGAGAAAUAGGUAUCAUAACAAAGAUGGAUUCCUGACUCAGAUAAAGGUCCCAAGACUGACUCGAUUGAGAGCGCAAAAAAAAGAAUGAGAACAAUGUCAUGAUUCAAAAUGGGUAAGGAUGAGAAUUUAUUACCUCGGUGAUGUGGUAAAGUGGAAUGCAAGUUUUUUAGCUGCUACGGACCAGUCAGUUCAUGCAGUAGAAGUUUUAAUGAUUCUGAAAUAAACAUAUUACUUUGACCCAUUGAAUGUUGAUCAACCAAGUUGGAAGCUGACAGUCUCUAGUUUUGACACAAGUGAUAUAAUUUUGUAAAUAGCUUUAUAUCAACAUUUGCUUUAAGCAAAUUCCUGGAGAAAAUGAAAAAAAAAUCUAACCAUCAAGUCCCACCCAUUCCAGUCAUGGUAUAAGAUGUCAUGAGGUUAGACAUGGCAGUUUCUUUUCUUGUUAGAUGUAUAUUCCUGUUAAAGAUAGCUUUUUCUUCAUUAGUAUAAUAGAUUUUUUACCAGUCUUAUUGGAAUUUUGUCGAGUUAUGGUAUCAAGGUAUAUUGUGUGGACAGAACAUUUUACUAUUACAUGGGUAGGUAUGAGGAAAGCUUUACCAAUUCUUUCUUGAUCAAUGUAUUAUCUCCAAAACAACUGUGGUUUUUACUUUCACUUUAGAAAAAUCAGAGAUGAUACUGGUAUGAAAAGUAAGAAAAACAGGGAUUUAAAUCGAUAAAAUGUAUGACAUACUUCCCUUUGUCAGAAAGAACAUUUGGAAUAAAAGAUAGAAGUUUUGUGAAGGUUUUCCUAUAUGUAUCUGUGUGAUGUCUUUUUUUCUUUACAUACUUUUUCAACUUUGGAUUUAUCGGUACAUAACAUUUUACCCGGUAUUUCUUUUUAAUAUAUUAAUCCAAUGUUGUCCUGAGCAGUAGAUAUUUUGUGAUCUGUCAUUUCCUUUUAUCUGAUACCUCAUGUUAACCAUAGCAUGUGUUCGGAUCCAGCAGGUGAUAUAAGGACAGAGCUAUAACCCAGGAGCUCUAUAUAGGACAGGUGUAUUAAAGAUGGGGGUUUUAAUGGAAAAUAAUCAGUGAUGUGGUGUACAGUGUAUACAUCAACCCAGAGACUUUCUAAGACAGCCCACUUUACAGUGACAGUCUGUUGUUACAUUAUUACAAUUCACUGGUAAAAUUCGGCAGUAUUUAAAUUGUUGAUUCAGAGUCACACUAUAAAAAUUCUUCUAAAGUGGUUUGCAGUAUUUGAAUUGAUUCUAAGACAGGGACCAAGAGAGAUGGAGUAUCCUACAGAACUCUGUACACUGCCAUCAUGUAACACUGCCCACAGAGGGGGAGGUGUUGGACGGGGACACCAUUGUUUCGUUGUUGUUGUUUGUUAAGCCAGCCUUGUUUAUGAUAGAAUGUUGAUACAUUAUUUGCAUGUUACUGUGUGAAUGGUGUUAUGAUUUUUGUAUGUGUGUAUAUUCAAUGAGUGUAUAAAUAGAUUUAAAACCCUA